AUGUAUGAACCAAUUCCCAGUUCAGAAGUUGCGUUAAGGUUCAUGCAGUAUUCCAAAGACGCCCAGGAAACUUUAAAGAUCCCAGUCUUGCGCGUCCACGAUGACCUGGCAGCCUACUCUUUCUGCCCCCAUGUUUUAAACUUAUUUAUGGCCCUUGGGUUUGAGAGCUAUGUUAGGAGAUGCUGUUUAGGCGAAAAUUUGCAAAAUAGGAAAAAGUUUAAACCCAACGACAAAGCUGGAGAGCAAGAGAAGAGAAAUCUUGGCAUUGUUUAUCAAAAUUUGAGCGAUUUUCAUAGGGCCAUCGAGUUUUAUGAGCGCCAUCUGCAAACUGCAAAAGAAGUGGGCAGCAAAGCCGGAGAAGGACGGGCUUAUGAAAAUCUUGGUAAUACCUAUCAGAGUUUAGGUGAUUUCCAUAGGGCUAUCAAGUACCACAAGCAUCAUUUAGAAAUAGCAAAAGAGGUGCGGGAUAAACCUGGAGAAGGAUGGGCUUAUGGAAAUCUUGGCAAUGCUUAUGAUAGCUUAGGCAAUUUUCAUACGGCAAUUCAGUACCAUGAGCGUCAUCUACAAAUUGCAAAAGAAGUGAGGGAUAAAGCUGGAGAAGGACGGGCUUAUGGAAAUCUUGGCAUUACCUAUCAGAAUUUAGGCAAUUUUCAUAAGGCAAUCGAGUACCAUGAGCGUCGCCUAAAAAUUGCACAAGAAGUGAAGGAUAAAGCUGGAGAAGGGUGGGCUUAUGGAAAUCUUGGCAUUACCUAUCGGAGCUUAGGCGAUUUUCAUAAGGCAAUCGAGUACCAUGAGCGUCAUCUACAAAUUGAGAAAGAAGUAGGGGAUAAAGCUAGAAAAGGACGGGCUUAUGGAAAUCUUGGCAUUGCCUAUCAGAGCUUAGGCAAUUUUCAUAAGGCAAUCGAGUACCAGGAGCGUCAUCUACAAAUUGCAAAAGAAGUAAGGGAUAAAGCUGGAGAAGGAAGGGCCUAUGGAAAUCUUGGCAAUGCCUAUCAGAAGUUAGGUGACUUUCAUAAGGCAAUUGAGUACCAUCAACGUGACCUAAAAAUUGCAAAAGAAGUGGAGGACAAGGCCGGAGAAGGAGGGGCUUAUGGAAAUCUUGGUAAUGCCUAUCAGAGUUUAGGUGAUUUUCAUAAGGCUAUCGAGUACCACGAGUAUCAUCUAGAAAUAGUAAAAGAAGUGCAGGAUAAAGCUGGAGAAGGACUGGCUUAUGGAAAUCUUGGCAAUGCCUAUGAUAGCUUAGGCAAUUCUCGUAAGGCAAUCCAGUACCAUGAGCUUCAUCUACAAAUUGCGAAAGAAGUGGGAGAUAAGGCUGGAGAAGGAGGGGCUUAUGGAAAUCUUGGCAUUACCUAUCAGAGUUUAGGCGGUUUUCAUGAGGCAAUCGAGUACCAUGAGCGUCAUCUACAAAUUGCCAAAAAAUUGGGGGAUAAAGCUGGAGAAGGAGGGGCCUAUGGAAACCUCGGAAAUACCUAUCGGAGCUUAGGCGAUUUUCUUAAGGCAAUCAAGUACUAUGAGCAUCAUCUACAAAUUGCAAAAGAAGUGGGGGAUAAAGCUGGAGAAGGACGGACAUAUGGUAAUCUUUACUAUGCCUAUCAGAUCUUAGGCGAUUUUUAUAAGUCAGACCUAAAAUUGUCCUAA